AUGCCUUCGAGAUGGCAGCGUCUUCACUUGUCCCAGCAGGGCUUACCUCCUUUGCUCUUCCAGUACACAGGGACCCGACAAGGCUAUGAGAUCCACAUAACAGACCUCACCUACAUCUGGUCAGAGCGGCUGGCCCAUAAAGCUAUCGCCAAGAGAGCAGAGGAAGAUGCCACAACGAUCGAUCCCGGAGAGGAUCCAGAACAGCUCAAUGUGCUCCUGGAGAAAAUUGGAGAAGCUUUACAAAAGGGCAAUAAAAGUGUAAUCCUAAGCAGUGGAACACAAACCGACUCUCUUCAAAUCACAAUAACAACCAAGCUGCCCGCCCCGUUGAAGCCCCUCAAGUGGUCUUUAAAGUUAUCAAAGGAACCCCUAUCAUCCUUGACCAUUAAUCUAUUACUUCCGCUUCUGAGAGAGGAAGCGGAGUGGGAGUCCCGCCAACGCUCACUCUUGAACCAAAUCAAACAGAAAGACUACGUCCUCGGCAAGUUGUUUGAUAAAAUGGAAAUACUUGGUGUUGACCUAGGAUCUGUGUUCCCUAGCGCCGCAGGAUCACGCACGUCUCGCAAGACUAUUACGCGACCUGAGGCCGCUAAAUUUGUCAAGGGUAUUGCGCCGUUCGAGGAACAGACUUGGCUUGCUGAGACAGGAGUAUCAGAUGGUGCGUGUCUAGCCACCAAUUUACUCCAGGAGAUCUCGGAAUCAGGUAAUUCGCAUGGUUUGGAUACCUUCACCGAAUCACAGGGUGAAUGGUGGUACGAACUUGCGAGGCAUUUUGAAACUAGCGCCAGAGAAGCCUCUCCUAUCGAACAGGGAAUUCCCAAGGACGAAAUUAGGAAAAACCCGGUUGAAACCGAGGACCUCGACGCAGAAGGGGAUUCAACGGGAAGCAGCGAUGUAGAUGAGUUUCAGCGACAAGAAACCCCUCCCAGACUAAAAUCCCAACAUGGAAAAGGCAAAAUAUUAUCACCCGAGCAACAGCCCAGAAAGAAAAGUCCUGCUGCGACGGUAUUGCCUUCGGAGGAAGACGAAGCCACGGCAUCAGACUCCGACUCCGAGCCCGAACCAAUACCACGUAAGAGACGGAUUCCCAGUGUUUCAAGAUCGCCAGAUCCCACUGCAGCUCAGCCAAAGGCCCGAGAACUGCCGAAACUUGCAAAGGGCGGAUUGGGUAAAAUUGGCAGCAAGAGCAAGAAAGAAACUGAGCGCCGACCCUCGCCAUCUCCCUCUCCACCCCCCUCUCCUCCAGCGCAAGUUCACGAUGUACCAAAAAGGCCAAAGGGCGGAUUAAGCAUGAUAGGUGGCAAGAAAAAGCAAGCAAAAGAGCCCUCGCCUUCACCAGCCCCUUCCCCUCCAGCACAAGCCCGCGACUUUCCAAAACCUCUAGAGUCACCAGAAGAGGAAGAGAAAAUUAACAAGGAACCUGCUCCUGUAUCUUCAACACCGGCACCAGCUAAACGUUCCGGGAAACUUGGCAUUAUAGGCGGCAAAGCUAAAGCCAAAGCCUCCGAACCAGCUCGAGACAAGUCUCCGCUACCUAGUUCUGACACGGUCAUGUCACCCGAAAAAGUCUCGCCUGCUAAACCGAAGGCUGAGUCACAAGCCCCUAAAAAGGAGGAGUCUCCAUUUCCCACGCCAGCGGCGGAGAAGGUCCCCUCCGCUCCACCUGCAGAGCCGGAGACUGAAGACCAACGGGCUAACCGGAAACGCGAGGAACUAAAGAGGUCGCUUGAGGCUAAAGGCAAAGCUCCUGCAAAGAAGAAGCGAAGGUUCUAG